CAAACUCUAAAGGGACUAUUUAUUCCUCAAUGACAGAGCAAUUCCUGUCAGCCUAAAAUUUUUGUGAGARCUGGUUUUCCUUCAUCAGCUGAUCUCAACAGUGAAAAAAUAUGGACAACACAGAGGARUACUUACUUGAAUUUAAAGGCUACAAUUUUGAAAGGUCUUUAGUUAAAAUUCAUAUAGUAGAAAGUGUGGAUGAUUUUGAAAUUAGAGAUGAUGAUGUCUUCAUAAUCACCUAUCCAAAAUCUGGUACCAUCUGGACUCAGCAGAUACUAAGCUUGAUUUAUUUUGAGGGGCAUCGUAACAGAACAGAAGAUAUCAAAACAAUAGAUAGAGCUCCCUUCUUUGAAUACAAUACUCACAAUUUGGACUUUAUCAAAAUGCCAUCCCCUCGCCUCUUCGCUUCCCACCUCCCAUAUUAUUUAGUUCCAAAAAGUCUGAAGAACAAAAAAGCUAAAUGCUACAUCUUCACCUUGUUACUAAUUAAUUUUUGCACAGUGGUUGGAAGUCGUUGGUUUGAUCACAUAAGAGGCUGGUAUGAACACAGACAUGACUUCAAUAUUCAGUUCAUGAGUUAUGAAGAUAUGAAAAAG